AUGGAAGAGGAGUGGGAACUUCUUGAGCUCACAGGUGUAAUGAACGCAUAUGCAGUCCAUGGCCCCUCAGACACCCUUAUAUAUUCAAUUGGCACAGUGGUAGUGCUAUGAGACAUAAAUAACGACCGAAAAGUCAAUUUAAGGUGCCAUGAUAAUCCAGUUACAUCUAUCGCUUUUUCAUCUGACUUUGAAUACUUCAUUACUAUUGAAAGCUCAUUACAGCCUUUAAUCUGUGUAUGGAGAUGGCGAACUCUGGAACAAGUCUGCGCUAAAUGGGUCCCAUUUAAACCAAGAAAAUCCCCGACUGCUAAUGUCAUUUGCAGUUUUUUGGGUAGAAGGCUUAUUAUUGCUGAAAAUGAAAAUGAAGGAGGCUAUAGAAUUAGUCUGUGGGAGUGGAGAGCUCCAGAUUUAAUUUUGAGGCAAACUGACGACUUAGAGAUGCAGGAAAGCUGCUUAUUUAUAACUUUAUUGAGCGAUCAGUUGAGCUUUGCGACAGCUGAAAACUUGUGCUUGAAGAUAUGGAAAAUAGAGAAUUCAGUCAGUAUCUCUAAAAGAUUACAUUUCAAAAAUAAUAUUUUACAAGUAGGAUUCUCCCAAAGCCUAAACUUAUUUGUGGUGCUCCUAGAAAACGGAAAUGUGAUGACUGUGAAUGUUUCUGGAAAGUCCAUGGCAAACUACCAGCACCCUAAGCUUCGUUUUAUAUCAGUCGUGACUUAUCAAGACUACGCUUAUUUCGGCUCCACAACUGGCUCAAUUACGAUGUACUCACUACGCACAAAUCGUCUUUUUAGAGAGCUUCCGUCUACUCAUCAAUCAUCAAUUUCUGCAGUCUUAGUUAACGGAGGAAAUAUCCUGUACACCCUAUUUCAAGACGCUACAAUACAAAUUUUGAAUAUGUCCCAAGGGCAAGUUAUAAAUCAAUCAUCAGGACACUGCUCACCCGUUAACACUGUCCAAUGAACUGAAAGAUGGAAUUUCGUCUCGAGCAGCAACGAAGGCUGUCUUUAUGUAUGGAAAUAUGUGGGGAAAGGCUGGAAUAUGCAAGCUAUGGAGGUUUCUGGUGGAAAAGGAUAUGUUACUGCUAUUGGGGUACAUCCUUCUAAAAAAACAGUAUGCUGCGGAUUCAGUAGAGGGACUGUAAAAUUUUUCGAUUUAGGGGAAAAACCGAGAUAUUUAAAUAGCUUGCAGAUAUCAAGCUCAGAGGUGACUGAUCUUUCGUUUACACCAAGCGGUCAUUUUCUAGGGGUUGGAUUUAGCUCUGGCCAAGCUGUAAUUUUGGACUCAAAUUUUGAAACAGUUGGCAUUGUGCUUGAAGAGCCUUGGAUAAGAAAUCAAAAUGCUUUACAAACAAUAAAAUUCCAUGAAUGUAUAGAUGGAGAUGGAAUGUGCAUAAAAGCUGCAACCUUAAAAGACUCAAGCAGUAUCCAGAUACAAACAUUUGAAGCCAUUCAAGGCGAGCUCGAAAGAACUCAUUUCAAUCUAUUUCCAAUUGACGGAAAAUCCAAUGGUUUUUGCAUCCAUACAAGUGGAUCAUUUUUAUUGGUGACUUGCAGCUUAGGCGGGAUAUAUAUUUUCAAUAUAGAUAAUGGAGAAAUUGCAGGAAUUAUUGAAACUGAAAUAAAUCCUAAAGGGUGCAUACAAGAUCCUUCAGGGCUCUAUAUAGGAGUAUUCCUGCCAAACCAAAUAGGUUCUUAUGUAAAAUUAGUAGUAUACGAAACAGGGACAGGCAAAAAAUCUACUGAACUUAGUAGACUGAAUAACUGCAGCAGUAUGAAAGCUAUCAGCUGGUCAAGAGAUGGGAGGUUUAUCGUAAUUGCAGGGACUUCUGGAUUCCUUUCUGUAUGAAAAGUCCCGAAAAAUAUGACCGAUACCAUUUUCGAAAUGAUGGAAAAACUUCAAGCCAACCCUGAUAUUUGGGCUCAGUUUCCUAUAAAUUUGCCAAUAAAAGAAAGGUCUCCCCACAAAGCUAAAUCUAAGCCUAAGUUCGAAGAAAUUAUGCCGCAAGAGCUUGAAAUUGAUGAGACUCGAAGAGAUAAAGGUGCUUUUGCAGAAUCCGUAAUUUCAUUUGUAAAAAAGCCACAAAAAAAAUCUAAACCCGACAAUAUUGAGUUUGGGAAUAGAAUCACCUUAAAACCUUCAGAGUCAAAUUUAGAACAAUUUAAUGCUUCAGCGAAAUCAAAACAAUUUGGAGCUUCAAGAGAAGAUUCACCAGUAUCACUAAGUAGAGAAACUAGGAAAAAUAAGCGAACCUUUAGAUCUCCUUUACCUUCAAGAAGUCAGCCCAACAAUUUUUAUUAUCAAUCGAAGUCCCCUUAUCAGAGACCUCAAGCUUUUACUGAAAAUCCUGCAAUAGUUAAAUCGACAAAUAAAUUCCAGGAGCCUGAAUCGAUCGAUAUUGACUGUGAUGUGCCUUCAUAUAACCCAGCUCAAAGGUUAUACGAAAGCCAUACAGAGAAAACUGAAUCUUUAAUAUCAGAUGCUGAAAGAGGAUACCAAGAAAUCGAUAAAUUCUUUUAA